AUGGACACACGGCCCUCUGGCAUCGAGGAGGGCCCCUUUCUGGUAUUGAGCGACAGCACCCUUCAGCACCUUCUCUUCACCUCUGGAAAGGGAAAAUCCUAUGGGGUGGAGUCCGUCAUGGGUGGCUAUGCGAUCAUCAGCCCGGGGGCGGCGCUGGUGCCCUAUCGACAAGAGCCGAAGAACCCUCCGGUUCUUGAAAUUCUGGCGUGGCAUUUCAUUCAGGUACUGGAGGCAUCCAGCUCGUACAAUUGGAUUGCCGAUGUCCGGGACGAGUACGGUCUCGGAUCGUUUGAGCUCCGGGAGCAAACCAUCAUGAGUCUUCAGGCCCGCCAGGACGCACGGCCUACCCCCCCGUGCCUUGUCGACCAGCUUUACAAGCAGAACAACUGCCACUUCCGCCCUGAGGUUGCGGAAAAGGCCAUCGGCCUGCUUGUUGGCCGCGCGCUCAUGACCAUGAGACGACAACAGCCGGGCAAGUUCCAGGUCCUGGUGAUAUGUUCCUGGAACUCCACGGACGACAAUGUUCAUCAGGAGAUGCACGCCACGGCGGAACUCUGCCGGGCUACCAUAGUCUCGGAGCUGGGGUCAUUGGCCGCUAGGCACACUCAGAAGCCCUGGGCAUUGAGACGGUACUUGGAGCCAUUAGCUAUGCAGAGGGAGAUGCCGAGGCACCUUUUUCAGACCUACAUUCACGACGACCACCCGGGGCCUCGAGAAAUGUGUGACGCCCAGUUUCAGGGUUUUCGCCGCCAGUUCUUCAAUGACAGUGAUUUGGAAAACGUGGUACGCAACCACGCUGGGUCCAUUGGGCUGAACCUGGUUCAGCGCCUUACACAGCCAGCCCACAGAGCUGAUGUAUUUCGCUACAUCCAGCACUACAACCAGGGCGGCUUUUACAUGGACAUUAAGCUCUGCUUUACUGUCACUUUUGAGCAGCUGCGAGCGUACAUGGCUGCGGACUGGCAAGAGGAGCAACAGGAGGAGUGCAGGAAGUUCGGCCUGCCGGCGUCUCCGCCGUUCCAGCCCCCGACGGAGUACCUUCUGAUGGGCAUUGGACAGCGAGGAGAUCACAUCUUCCAAGGCAUCAUCUACGGCCAGCCCAAGCACCCCCUGCUCCUGGCGGCCAUCAAGCACUCCUUCUCGCGCCGCAUCUUGUCUUGCAUAGCUAACAGGGAGUACAUGGUCUUCUGCAAGGAGGUCUGGAGACUGCUCCAGCAGGACCUUGGCAAGGACCCUCAGGUGGGAUGGAACCUCACGCGGCUGUAUGGGCCGGUGUACCUGCUGCGCGAGCACCUCUCCAAGCAGUACAAGGGUGGUGCCACUGGCUCAGACGGUUUUCACUUCAAGACGGCCAGUGGACACGUGGUGGCUCUCACCCGCAACUGGGACUGGCGCCGAGGCUUCAAGGGGGACCCUAAGGCCAAGGAGCGCAGAGCCCAAUUCCUGCUGCAGGCCCUGCCCCAGGCUGUCUCGGAGGCGCAGGAUGUGAAAGCCUUCGCACACACCAUUGAGAUGCCUCCAAGGGAGCAGCAGGGGGCAUUGCCCAAAUUAGGCGAGGUGGGGGAGAACGUGGUGCAAAGCAUCGAUGACAACUCAUUCGAUGCCAUCGUGGACGUGGUCAGCAAGGAACCCCACUACGAGGACAUACAAGCACAGGACGUUUUGAGCUUUAUCCCGAAGGGUCUCAUUUUGCACCCAAUGAGACAGGGGUGGCUGUCCUGCCGCCACUGCAAGCAAAAAGGGUCGCAAAACCCGCUGGAAUUCCCGAACUCUGGUGGGGUGCUCAACCACUUCCGAAACCGUGGAGGGGCACACACACCUUCGGAGCAGGCAACACAGGCCUCUUCGUCGUCGGCGGCGCCCUGGCUGCCCACUCAGUCGGCGGGUGAGACUGACCAAAUCCCUCCACCGGAGCCGAUGGCGGACCAACCGCCGCAGGUCAAGCUUCCUGCUGCUAUCUCCCAGCUUCGGCACAGCCUGGGAAUGCCCCCCCUGCCAACCCUCAGGGAACAACAAGCACCUUCAGCUACAGCGGCCAAGGCCAAGGCUGAGAUGCCACAGAUCAGCUCUUCACAGGAACCAGACCCCCUGCACUCCCCCCCUCCGUGGGACACUCAGGCCACCCAGGCCGAGAAGGAGAAAGCGGAGCAGUUUCCAACCGCUCCACUUGAGGGCCCGGCUUUUCCCUUCGUGCCGGUAUUGGCGACUUCUGCCACUCCGACCAGCAUCCCCGCAGAGGUGCCCUUGGUCUCAAAGGCCUCAGACGGUGGGGCUGACUUGAAACCUGAAGGGCACAUGGUGCAACCUAUGGCACGCCAGCAGGGGCCAUUGGCCGAAGAAGAAGAAGAAGAGCAGCCGAAUACUAUUCCGGCGGACCAGCUCAAAGAGGUCAAAUACCGUGGCCCCAUCGAAGUUACGGAGCUUCUUGGAUAUGAGGCCGGGCCGUCUAUCCAGUCGAGAGAUGCCGAAAUUCCCAAACGGGAACGGAUCGUUCAGGAGUGUCAAUCUGACUCCUUCUUCGACUGGCUACAUGCUCUGGCUACGAUUCUGCUGUUUAACGAGUCGCUCAUUCUGGGUGGACUCAAGUCCACUGAACUCACGGCACUGUGGAGCCGCCGUGUUGCCACUUUGAGCAAAGUUCCUUGGAUUUUUGGACCACUCCUCCUUGUGCGCAACGUUUCCCACAAAACUUCGUGGAUGGAGGCCAUGUCAGCCCGACUGGUGGACAAUGAUCGGGGCCGCUUGACGGUUUCUCUUGCUAUGCCGGAUGGCGCGCAGAGCCUAGCCACGAUCACUGUUUACUUCGGCAUACUCGGUGGCCUCUUCCGAAGCAUGUGGGAUCGCGAUGAAAUGGCGGCGCUUCUGGAGUCAGACGACAACUUCGAGAUCGUUGCGUCCACAGCCAAAUCCAUCUACGACCGCACCUGCCGUUCCUGUGAUUUGGACAACCGUCUAAUCAUUCUGCAGCACAAGGACGGUAAGGUCCAACGCGGCAUGCGCAUUGAUCAUAGAGCUGGGGACACCGACGCGAAGAAGAACUACUUGAAUCAGCAGAAGCGGUUGGCGGAGAAGUCCGCGGCCCCAGCGGACAAGAGGCACCGGGAUGGCCAAGAUUGGUGGGAACCCAGGUGGCAGCAAUCCGGCUGGUGGCACAACUACCAUAACCAGGGCUCAAGCAGCGAAGACCGCCCAGAUCAGUCUUCCUCUUCAUGGCAGUGGAGAAAGAGGUAG